AUGAAUGUCAAUGCUCUCGAUUUAAAUCGGCAAGAAAAUGAGCCCAUGGCUCACUGGUUAAAGCUUAGAACUUCUGGUCAAAAGGUCGCGGCUUCGAGCUUUGGUGCUGUACCACUUGAGGUUGGGUUCUACGUAAUUGAGGGCAAAGACUUCAUCUGGAGGAAGCGGGAUGCCGUUAUCAGUGUCUGGAGGCGUCUAAAGGGCGAGAGUAAACGGUAA